CGCGUCUCCCCGCUCUGCCGGUUCUUUUUCAAUCAAUACCCCCUUCACCGGCGAGACAGCCUGCACUGGGCGCAGGCUUGGGAGCUCGUACAGGGCCUCCGCAAAGAGGGGUAGGGCGCAUGUCUGGAGGAGGCGUCGCGCAGCUCAAGCAUGAGGGCUCGCAGCGACAGGUGGCGGUUGCAGGCGCCAUUGCUGGCCUCGUGUCGCGCUUCGUGAUCGCUCCCCUGGACGUCAUCAAGAUCCGCCUGCAGCUCCAGGUCCACUCCCUCUCCGACCCGCUCAGCUACCGCAACGUUCAGGGGCCCGUCUAUAAAGGGACGCUGGGCACACUCAAGCAGAUCCUGCGCGAGGAGGGCCUCACGGGGCUAUGGAAGGGCAACAUCCCCGCCGAAGCCCUAUACCUGGCCUACGGCAGCGUCCAAUUCUCGGCCUACACGUACAUGUCGCACCUGCUUGAGGCCAUCCCUCAGCCAUACACCCUCCCCAGCACGGUGGAUUCCUUCAUCAGCGGCGCUGUUGCGGGUGCUUGCGCGACAACCGCCACAUACCCUCUCGACCUGCUUCGGACGCGCUUUGCGGCUCAGGGGCGCGAGCGCGUCUAUCCCUCCAUCGUCGCCUCCGUCCGGCACAUUGCCGAGCACGAGGGUCCGCGUGGGUUUUUCCGCGGGCUGGGAGCUGGCGUGAGCCAGAUCGUUCCCUACAUGGGCCUUUUCUUCGCUAGCUAUGAAAGCCUCAAGCCUGUUGUAGCUAGCUCGCCCAUCCCUCUGCCCUUUGGCACGUCGGACGCCGCUGCCGGCAUCAUCGCGAGCGUGCUCUCCAAGACGGCCGUCUAUCCCCUCGACACGACACGAAAACGGCUGCAGGUGCAAGGGCCCAUGCGAUCGAGAUAUGUCCAUCGGAACAUACCACUAUACUCAGGGGUAACGAGCACUCUUUUGAACAUCUGGAAGAACGAGGGGCGGAGAGGCAUGUAUCGAGGGCUGACUGUCAGCUUGAUCAAGGCGGCUCCAGCGAGCGCCGUCACUAUGUGGACGUACGAGAGAGCCAUGGCGCUCAUGUUGACCUUGGAAGAGAAGUUGACGGACGAUUGAGUUGUGACUGUACUGUUGGCUUGCAUAGCUCGGCGUUAGGGGGUUCCUUAGAGGACACGGUAGAUCCUGCUUAGAAGGGCAUAGAUGGAGAGGGUAAUUCCUGCGAUGGGCAUCUUGGUAGCGAUGCGCAUCCCAGCCGUGGCG